AUGGCAGAGCCAGACCAGCCGGAGGAGAUGCCGCCGCCAGCCAUCCGCCUGGGGCCUCCGCACCCGUACCUGAAGACGCACGGGGGCAAGGUCGCGAGGCUGCACCGGUUCGACUGGGCCGUGCUGCUCCUCCUCGUCGCCGCCGAAGUCGGGCUCAACCUCAUCGAGCCGUUCCACCGCUUCGUCGGCGAGGACAUGCUCACCGACCUCCGGUAUCCGUUGAAGAGCAACACCGUGCCCGUCUGGGCCGUGCCGAUAUACGCGGUGAUCGGCCCGAUCAUCGUCUUCGUCGGGGUGUACCUGAAGAGGAGGAACGUGUACGACAUGCACCACGCCAUUCUAGGCCUUCUGUUCUCCGUGCUCAUCACCGGCGUGCUGACCGACGCGAUCAAGGACGGCGUUGGCCGGCCGCGCCCCAACUUCUUCUGGCGCUGCUUCCCUGACGGAGUGCCGAAGUACGACAACAUCACAAGAGGAGUCCUAUGCGACGGCGUCGCGAGUGUGAUCAAACAAGGGCACAAGAGCUUCCCAAGUGGCCAUUCUUCAUGGUCCUUCGCUGGGCUAGGCUUCCUGUCGUGGUACCUGGCAGGCAAGGUGAAGGCGUUCGACCGGCGCGGCCACGUGGCCAAGCUCUGCGUCGUCGUCCUGCCGCUGCUUCUGGCGGCGAUGGUGGCGGUGUCGCGGGUGGACGACUACUGGCACCACUGGCAGGACGUGUUUGCCGGUGGGAUUCUUGGGUUGGUGGUGGCGUCCUUCUGCUACCUGCAGUUUUUCCCACCGCCAUCUGGUGAACAAGGUAACGAAGCCAUUGACAUAGAGUAG